CCAUCCGCUUUAACUUAUUCAGCUAAACCCAUUGGUGUACAUCUAAUACACAAAAGUGAAUCAGGUUCUCAAGUUUUUUUUCCUUAAUUCGUAGAGACAAAAGAUAGACAUAUCCCACUCAUUUCAUAUCCAUUUGUCUAAAAAAAAUUCACCAAAUAAUGGGAAAUUCUUCCUCUGCUUUGCCCAUUAAAACUGUUUUCAAGCUUUCAUCUCCGCUACCCUCUUGGCCACCAGGUGAAGGUUUUGCUAAAGGAACCAUAGAUUUGGGAGAGCUUGAAGUUUGUCAAAUAACAAGUUUCAACAAAGUUUGGUCAGCCACUAAGGGAGGACCAGACAACCUUGGGGCGACCUUCUACGAGCCCGAGCCCGUUCCAGAAGGCUUCCACUUGUUAGGAUUUUACUGCCAACCCAACAACAAGCCCCUCUUCGGAUGGGCACUAGCUGCCAAAGAAACUACUAAUAAUGGCUCAUCAUCAGUUCUAACGCAACCAAUUGACUACACUCUCAUUUGGAGCAGCACGUCUCGCAACAUAAAGGGAGAUGGCAACGGCUACCUUUGGCUGCCGACUCCUCCAGAGGGCUACAAAGCUGCUGGCAUCGUUGUCACCAACACACCACAAAAGCCGUCCCUCGACAAGGUCCGAUGUGUACGUUCGGACCUUACGGAGCCCUGCGAGGACGAGACGUGGGUCUGGGGACAGAAAAAGGAACCAAGCAGCGACGAAGCAAAUGGUUUUGAUGUCUACAGUCUUCGCCCAACAAACAGAGGGAUGGAAUCUCCUGGAGUGAGGAUUGGUACAUUCACUGUUCGAAACGGGGGAAGUAGUACAAGUGCAGUAACUUCAACCUUGGCUUGUUUGAAGAACGGGAAUCCUAACAAGUAUUCAUCGAUGCCUAAUUUGGAGCAGGUUGAGGCAUUGUUUCGAGCUUACUCUCCUUUGAUCUACUUUCAUCCAGACGAAAAGUUCCUUCCUUCUUCAGUAAACUGGUACUUUGAUAACGGAGCACUUUUAUACAGAAAGGGAGAAGAAUUGACACAACCCGUUGGGAUCAAAAUCGAACACGAUGGGUCAAACCUCCCUGUAGGUGGGGCAAACGACGGGUCGUUUUGGCUGGACUUACCGGUGGACAAAGAUGCAAAAGAGAAAGUGAAAAAGGGAGAUUUGAGUAGUGCUCAAGUUUACUUACACCCCAAACCAAUGUUGGGGUCCACGUUCACCGACAUAGGGAUAUGGUUGUUCUUCCCCUUUAAUGGUCCAGCAAGAGCUAAGGUGGGGCCUCUUGAUAUCCCUUUGGGGAAAAUCGGCGAACACAUAGGAGACUGGGAGCACUUGACGCUCAGAGUCAGCAAUUUUAACGGAGAGUUAUGGCUUCUCUACUUUUCCCAGCACAGCAAAGGUCAAUGGGUCGAAGCUUCCGAACUCGAAUUCGGUGGUGGCAAUAAGCCGGUGGCCUACGCGUCUCUUAACGGCCAUGCGCUUUACCGAAAGCCGGGUACAGUUAUGCAAGGAGUUGGGGAGCUUGGAAUAAGGAAUGAUGCUGCCAAGAGCAAAUUUGUUAUGGACACGGAGAAAGGGUUCUCAGUUGUGGCGGGUGAGUAUCUGGGGUCUGCCAUAGUUGAGCCGACAUGGCUAAAUUAUUUGAGGAAAUGGGGUCCGAGAAUUGUUUACGACUCGGCCGAUGAGUUGGAGAAGAUUCAGAAUGCUUUGCCUGGGAAUGUUAAGUUGCCCAGUGAAAUAUUAGGGGAGGAUGGUCCAACGGGUCCCAAACUCAAGCGCAGUUGGAGCGGGGAUGAAGUGAUAUGAACAUAAAGUUCGUGCUAGUGUCUUUUUCUUUUUUCUUUUUUAUUAUUAACUGCCCCAUUAUUUAUUUUGUGUUAUUGGGUCAUUAAGGAAUAAUCUAUUAUUGCUCAUUAAGUUCUUUGAAUAAUAAUAGGAAGUAAAAGAUGGGUAGUUGAGUUGGUGUACCAAUUAUUAUAAUUAUUUCUUCAAAAUUCUCUGUCAUAGUGUGCUUAAAUGAUUUGAUAUAAAAUAAUUAAAAGGUUGAAUUA